AAUUUUUAAAUUAUUUUUAUUGUUGUUUUUGUUUGUAAUAAUUAAUCCAAACAAUUAUCAUGCUCAAAAAUUGCCCCUAUCAAAUAGAGAGGAAGCUAGACUAUUGAGACUAAUUGAAAAUAUAUUUGAUUUGAAAAAUAAUGAUUAUGAUGAAUGGGAAAUAAGUUAUCCAGAUAGAAACUAUGGUCAUCAUUUAACUAAUUAUAUUACACUUUAUCCAGAUGAUUCUGAUUUAGAAAUUUUACCCCCCAAAAAACAUAUGCACAAAUCUAACUAUAAUCCAGAUAGACAAUAUGGUCAUCUAAGUAAUUAUAAAACAGCUAAAAGUAGCAGGGACAAAAUUGUUUCACCAGAUUCUAAUACAGAUUGUCAAUUAACACCCAUCGAUGCUGUUGGUGAUGGUGGUGUUUGUAAAGCUAUUGAACCUAGAUGGUUUUGUAAUUCAAGCGACGAUACCUGUCAACAGUUUAACUAUGGUGGUUGCGUGGGUGGUGGUGGUGGUGGUGGCGGUAAUAAUAAUAAUUUUAAAACAGAAUUUAUGUGCUAUACUAGCUGUUUAUAUUAUUGCCAACCAUCUGGAUUAGCAGCACCGGUAUAUAAUACAGAAAUUUUACCCCCCGAAAAAAAUCACAUGGACAAAACUAAUUAUAAUCCAGAUUGUCUAUUAGCACCCAAACGUGGUUGGUGCAGGAGGAUACCAUAUCCUAGAUGGUUUUGCAAUUCAGGCACCGGUAGGUGCCAACAGUUUCUAUUUUCUGGUUGUCAGGGCAAUGGUAAUAAUUUUAAGGAUGAAAACGAUUGCUACAAUAGCUGUGGACAUGUAUGUGGUGGUGGUGGACAUCAUUAACCUAAAAUUAAAAAAAAUAUCUUUAAAUAAUUGAUAUAUGAUUUAUAGAUGACAAAAAUUAUUAUUAAUAAAAAUUUCAG